AUGGCCUCCGAUGCGACACCACCACCCCCACCACCAGCUGGAGCGCCGGCUACGGCGGGGGUGAAGAAACCGAAACUUCACGGCCGCGCAUUCUACCAGAGCAUUGGCUCGCCCAAGUACAUUGUGGCGCCGAUGGUGGACCAGUCUGAAUUUGCCUGGCGCAUGCUCUCGCGAUCCUUCGUCCCCGCCGACCAGCAAACCAACCUGCUCGCAUACUCCCCCAUGUUCCACGCCCGAAUGUUCGGCGACAGCGAAAAGUACCGCGCGCAGCACUUCCAACCCACAAAACCCGGUUCCGACACCACCCCCUACCUCGACGGCAACCCAGCCAUCGACCGGCCCUUGUUCGUGCAGUUCUGCGCCAAUGACCCAGACGCACUCCUCAGCGCAGCAAAACAAGCCGCCCCAUACUGCGACGCGGUCGAUCUUAACCUGGGCUGUCCCCAGGGGAUCGCAAGGAAGGGACACUACGGGGCGUUUCUGCAGGAAGACCAGGACUUGAUCUACCGGCUGAUCAAAACGCUGCAUGACCAUCUGGAUAUCCCAGUCACGGCCAAGAUCCGGAUCCUCGAGACGAAGGAGGCCACGCUGCAGUAUGCGCAAAAGGUGCUCAGCGCGGGCGCGAGUAUCCUGACGGUGCACGGGCGGCUGCGCGAGCAAAAGGGCCACUUGACGGGUCUGGCGAACUGGGAGAUGAUCCGGUACCUGCGCGACAACCUCCCGCCGGAAACGGUCCUUUUCGCGAACGGGAAUAUCCUGCAGUACGAGGACAUUGAUAAGUGCCUGGCUGCCACGGGGGCGGAUGGCAUCAUGAGCGCCGAGGGCAACCUCAGCAACCCGGCCAUUUUCACCCCGCCCCCGCCGGUUGGUGAAGAACCCCGCGGGUACUGGGUCGGGAAAGACGGUAAAGGCGGAUGGCGCGUGGAUGAAGUCCUACGCCGGUACCUCGACAUCCUCCACCAAUACGCCCUGGGCCAGCCACCACCACAACGGCGCCCGCUAUUCAUCCCCGGUGACGACACAGCCUGGAUGGACGAGGUCCCCACCGUGCUACCGGGACUGCCCGAACCCGGCGCAAAACCAAACAAAAAACGCAAAGACAACAACAACCCAGCAGAAAGCACAACAACAACAACACCACCACCAGGCAGCGGCCCCAACUUCCACAGCGUCCAACCCCACCUCUUCCACCUCCUCCGCCACCUCGUCUCCCGGCACCACGACGUCCGCAACGCCCUCGCCAAGGCCCGAAUGGGCGCCAUCGAGAUGCACGAAGCGCUGGCGCUCAUGGUCGAGAAGAAAGUAGCCGAGGGUCUGCUAGAGUACGAACGUACAGACGGACAGAGCGUUGAGGCAGAUAUGCCGACGACGACGGCAGAGGAGGAGGCCGAUCCGGAGAGCUCGGCGGGAGCGGUGAGGGUUUGUAAACGGCCGUGGUGGGUGGUGCAGCCGAUUAUUAGGCCGUUGCCUAAGGAGGCGCUGGCGAAGGGGGCGGUGUCGUUGAGUAAGAAGGAGAGGAAGAGGGUUGCGGCGGAGAUGGAGGGACAGGAGGAGGGUGGGAACGGGGGGAAGAAGAGUAAGGGGGCGGAGGUGGAAGGGGGGAAAGGGAGAGUUGGGGAGGAGGCUAAGGUGGUUGGGGACACGGCGGCGGUUACGGAGUCGUUGGAGAAGAAGACGAGUUAUCCGUCGAGCGAGCUGGUUAGUGGGUGA